AUAUGUUUGCAGGUGUGCCCCAUCUCAUACCUGAGGAUCUCCAUGAGUCCCAUCCUGCUCACACAGAACAAAGAGGCCCUGCUGGCUCUGCCCCUGGGUGUGACACUGACAUUCACUGUCCAUUUUCAUGAUAACUCUGGAGAUACUUUCCAUUCACAUAAUUCUGUGCUCAGCUUGGCAACCAACAGAGAUGACUUUGUGCAGAUUGGGAAAGGAGCCACCAACAACACGUUUGUGGUGCGGACUGUGAACGUGGGUCUGACCUUGCUGCGGGUGUGGGAUGCAGAGCACAGUGGCAUUGCAGACUAUGUGCCCCUGCCUGUCCAACAUGCCAUCUUCCCUGAGCUCCCAGACGUGGUGCUGGGGGAUGUCCUCUGCCUCAGCUCCUCACUCACUACCCAGGAAGGUGAGUGGCCUUGGUGAGCAGCUGCUUCAUGU